AUGUAUAUGUAUGACCCUCUGUUUGUUCUCUCUUGUUUUAUAGAUACGGAGCAAGGUGCCCACGAACGCCGGCUCCUCGGCGAUCUUCUGGCCAACUACAACACGCUCGAGCGCCCCGUCUUCAACGAGUCCGAGCCGCUCAUCCUCAGCUUCGGUCUCACCUUGCAGCAGAUUAUCGACGUAGACGAAAAAAAUCAGAUAAUAACAACAAACGUUUGGUUAAACCUGGAUGAAAAGAAUCAACUAAUAAUUACAAAUAUCUGGUUAACCUUGGAUUGGAUUGACGUGAACCUCCGCUGGGAUCCAAAGCUCUACGGCGGAGUGCAAGAAGUGCGGAUCCCGCCGAGCAAAAUUUGGAAACCCGACGUGCUGAUGUACAACAGCGCGGACGAAAAAUUCGACGGGACGUAUCCUACAAACGUUGUUGUCCGCCACAACGGCAGCUGUAACUACAUCCCACCGGGUAUAUUUAAAAGCACGUGCAAGAUCGACAUCAUUUGGUUCCCCUUUGACGACCAGAAGUGCGACCUCAAAUUCGGUUCGUGGACAUACAACGGCUACCAGUUGGACCUGCGAGUCAAAAGCGACGAGGGAGGAGACCUAUCCUCCUACAUCUCCAACGGCGAGUGGGACCUCAUAGCCGUGCCGGGUAUCCGUAACGAGAAAGAGUAUGCCUGCUGUCCGGAGCCGUACAUCGACAUCUCGUACACGAUACACAUCCGGAGGCGGACUCUGUACUACGGCUUCAAUCUCAUCAUCCCCUGCGUGCUCAUCUCCUCCAUGACCCUCCUCGGGUUCACCCUGCCUCCCGACACUGGAGAGAGGCUCACCCUGGGGGUCAUCAUUCUUCUGUCGUUGAUGGUCUUCGUGCUGAUUAUAUGCGACAAAACGCCAGUCACGUCAGACGUCCUGCCGCUCUUAGGAACUUAUUUCGCCUGCAUCAUGAUCACGGUAGCGUUCUCUGUGGUCAUGACAGUGGUGGUGCUCAACUACCAUCAUCGAAAUCAAAAAACAACCGAAAUGCCUGCUGUGCCAGAUGCGAUACACAGCGUAGAGACAGUUUGCAUUCCUUACAUGGAAAUGCCUGGGAAAAGGGAACCGACGGAUACUCCCCAGUUGUGUGCUCCACAGGAUAAGGUGCAAGCACCCGUCUGA